AUGCCGCCGCAGCGCAAACGCCUCAAGACAGCGACAGCGGCGCAGGCGGUUUCGGCGUCGGGCCAUCGCCAGCCUCGCUCGUCGUCCACGGCGGCAUCGCCCGCACCACCACCCGCACCGCCCUCUUCGUCCUCAACGACGACAACGACGACGACCCGCCCAGCUCGACCGGAAGCGCACCACGCCUCCCUUCCCAAGUCGCUCCGCCUGCUCCUCCGCGCCCUGCUGGCAAACCACGCCCGGCUGCUCGAAGAACACCGCCUGCUCGACAGGCUCUGGUACAAGGGUCGAUCCCAGUUCCGCACCGCCACGUGGUGGAAGCACAUCCACGCGCUGCGCCGCUGCCUCGUCUACCUCGUCGGCUCCCUCUCUUCCCUCGGGACAAACGAGGGCGCACUGCACCGCACCGCCGACGCCGUCAUCGCCGCCCUGUGCUCCCUCUUCGAUGCCGCCCCUCCCGCCAAUGCAGCCAAGGGCCAGAUCAGGACGGUACCCCACUUCUCGACGCCGGCUACACACCUCGAUCGAGACGGCCCGACAUCCCCUCGUCCCGACGCGUUCCUCGAGGCGGCGAGGGCGUCGCACAACCUCGCCCUCCUCCUCCACGAGACGCGCAAAAGGGCUAGGACCGCAUACCGCGUCGCCGCGGUUCACCUGCGCACCCCGCCCGCCCCGACAUUUGCGCCGCAGGUCACCAUCCUCCUCACCCUCGCCGCCAGCGUCGAACGGAUGGCCACCGACACCGUCCUCGGCGCCGCGAUCAAGGACGCCGCGCAGAUCUCGGAUGCAAGGGCAAAGAACGGCGUCGAGACGCUGUACUCGGUGCUGCGAGGCGUGCUCGUCGACAGAGCAGCAGGCCAAGCAGCCGGCAGCCGCGGUGGUGGCAGCGCCGGUGGUGAUGGAGUGUCGUCUGACGGCGGCGAGAGGAGCAGCAAGCGGCGCAAGCUUGCUUCCGGCUCCGUGUCGCUGCCCAUGCCGUCCGCCGACGACACGGCGAAACCUCCCCGGCCUGCGACUGACCAAGCAAAGCCGCGCCAACGACCCUCCAAGCACCGUCGUGACCAGCUGCGAAAGGCACGCCUCGCUGCGGCGUCGUCGGCCGGCAAGACGACGACGCCACGUUGCCCGAACCAACUGGGCAGCCUGCCGGACACGAUCCCGGAUCCUCUGGCUCCACGACGUCGACGCAGCGCCGCUGUACCCACGACCGCCAGAGAACGGACGCGGAAGAGAAAAACCCCGACUCCGCUUUCGUUUUCCGAGGCCUCGGAGGCGUUCGACCCCAAGCGCGCCUUGAAAGCCGCUCGCAAGUUCUUUGCCAAGCCCGUCGCUCCUCCGCCCCUGUCGUCGCCGUCGGGCGGCGGAAUAGACCCAGGUGGUGACGACGACGACGACGACCUGGGAGAGGCAAUCGCUCGUUAG